AUGUCAGGCGUUCUCGAAAUCCUCGGCGGCAUUGCGUCCGUCAUCGCCACCAUCGAGGCGAUCAAAACCACAUAUAAGGCGAUACAAAAGCUCAAAGGUCUUCCUUCUGCUUUCGAGGAGGUAGUAGCCCGCCUACCUAAGGUCGAAGACGCGUUGGAGAAAGUCCGGAGGCACGCAGAAUCACAUCAAGGAGAGUCGGCUACGAACAGUGUGCAGCUAGCUGUCCAGAGCUGCAAGCCUAAGGUGGAAAAGCUGAACGAAAUCUUUUACGAGAUUCAGCAAGCAGAUGAGAAGACUCUCGGCUUCGGGUUUCGCUCUUUCCUCGUCCGGUUCGGGAAGGGCAACAGGGUUGAAGAUCUGAUGAAGGAAAUUUUGAGAGACACCGAGGCUAUGGCUUGUGAUCGGAUCUUUGAGACCGCCACCACGCAAGACAUCGAGGAGCUUCGCAGGGCGAUCGACGUCGAUGCUAUUCGCAAGGCGAUAGAUGACUUGUCCGCGGUGGAACCGUCAGUGCCCGACGCUGCUUUUGCCAGCGAAACAGGCUAUCAUCAAGUCGGAAAUCAGAAUACGAUGAAGAACUACGCGAACCAUGGGACUGGGUCACAAUAUAACUUCGAGACAGCUGGUUCGGGGGCCUUCAUUGGUGGCGAACAUAAACACACACACAAAGCGAAAGGAGACUCGCGCAAAGAAAAUUUGCUUUACGUUCUUCGCUGUGAUGACGAAUGCCCUCUAAUCGACGUGAGUCCGGAUACCUGCGACUGGAUUCUCAAAACGAACGAGUAUAAGCGCUGGGCAUCCCGAGGCACGGGCAGUUUCAGUGAUGACCGAGCCAUUCUGUGGAUCCGAGGCAAGCGAGGAAGUGGAAAGUCAACACUGGUUCAGUUCCUCUUUGAUCGUGCCAGGCGGGCAAAGGAUAGGGAACGGCUUGAAUUAUUUGCGCCAGGCAUUCCGAAGUACUUCGUCGCAGCCUUCUUCUUCAAUGCGAAACGGAACACACCACAAUUGUACCGAUCCCUGAUCCAGCAGCUCCUCCAGUCAUUGCCGCAGGACGCCUCCAUCUUCCAAGACGCCGCCGUCUUCACAAAUGAGCUUACCGAUGAUGAUCCUCGGGUGCUUGGCCAGUUCAAAAAGCUGUUCAAAGACACUGUCAACGCCCAUGCUACAUGCGGACACAUUUUUUGUUUCAUAGACGCCCUAGACGAAGCCGCCGAAGACGACAUCGAAAAGAUCGUCGACUUCGUCCACACCAUCGUCAGCGACGACUUGAACCGCCACUACAAUUCAUUCAUGGAACCGUUCGCAGCUUUCUGCUUGGAAGUCAGGGUCUCGGCCAUCUUGAUCCCAGCCUCAGACCUAACAUACACGGGCUCAGCCAUACGCGACUACGCAACGUUUGCAUUGACUAUUACCUACAAACCCCAGUUGGAGACUUACCUCCUCCUUCAGCACAACAAGAUGAGUCGUUGA